AUGGCUGUAACAAUUGUCCUUGGUAGCCAGUGGGGCGAUGAAGGAAAGGGAAAGAUCACGGAUAUGCUGUCGCAGCAGGCGACGCUCUGCUGCCGUGCCGCUGGCGGCCACAACGCGGGCCACACAAUCGUUCAUGGCAACGUGACCUAUGACUUCCACAUCCUCCCCUCUGGUCUGAUCUCAGAGAGCUGCGUCAAUCUCAUCGGUGCCGGAACCGUGGUUCACGUCCCCAGUUUCUUCAAGGAACUGCUUUCUCUUGAGACCAAGGGCCUGCAGGGCGCCGCCGGCCGCGUCUUCAUCUCCGAUCGCGCCCAUGUCUGCUUCGACCUGCACUCGGUUGUUGAUGGGCUUGAGGAGGCCGGUCUUGGUGGUCGCAAGGUUGGUACCACCGGCAAGGGUAUUGGCCCUUGCUACAGUGACAAGGCUUCGCGACGGGGUGUGCGCAUCGGAGAGGUUCUGGAUGAGCAGGUCUUUGAGCGCAAGCUUCGCACCCUGCACGCGGGUUACGUUGCGCGCUUUGGAGAGUUGAACUACGAUGUUGAGGAGGAGAUUGCGCGGUUCAAGGUAUGA